CCUAUUUGUCGACGCGGAAGGAUCUGCGUUGGGAGCAACGCCGUUACACGACGACGAGUCAGAGCGAAAUAACGCUUUAAAUAUUUCUUUUUAAAAAAAGACAGGGCUUAAAACGUUCAGCUGACGCGAUUUAAGGUAGAACAUCUUCGAUCUGACCUGCGCCGAAAUUUGCUGAGGUGUGUCAUUCAGCCUUCGACACUUUCUCGCAGAGGACAGGAAGACACAGUUCAUAAUGGAUGAGGAAUAUGAUGUGAUCGUUUUGGGCACUGGACUGACGGAGUGCAUCCUGUCGGGGAUCAUGUCCGUGAAUGGAAAGAAGGUUUUGCACAUGGACAGGAACCCUUAUUAUGGCGGGGAGAGCUCCUCCAUCACACCAUUGGAGGAGCUAUACAAGCGCUUCGGCCUGCCGGACAGUCCGCCAGAGUCCAUGGGCAGAGGAAGGGACUGGAAUGUCGACCUCAUCCCCAAAUUCCUCAUGGCCAAUGGCCAGCUGGUGAAGAUGCUGCUGUAUACAGAAGUGACUCGCUAUCUGGACUUUAAGGUGGUGGAAGGCAGUUUUGUGUAUAAAGGAGGGAAGAUCUACAAGGUGCCCUCUACAGAAUCCGAGGCUCUUGCUUCCAAUCUGAUGGGCAUGUUUGAGAAGAGACGGUUCCGGAAGUUCCUGGUUUUUGUGGCCAACUUUGAUGAGAAUGACCCCAAAACCUUUGAGGGAGUGGACCCUAAAACUACCACCAUGCGAGACGUGUAUAAGAAGUUUGACCUGGGACAAGAUGUGAUCGAUUUCACAGGCCACGCUCUGGCCCUCUAUAGGACAGACGAUUACCUGGAUCAGCCUUGUCUUGAGACCAUUAACCGCAUUAAGCUGUACAGUGAAUCACUGGCUCGCUAUGGGAAAAGCCCAUAUCUGUAUCCUCUGUAUGGGCUCGGAGAACUGCCUCAGGGAUUCGCCAGAUUAAGUGCAAUCUAUGGUGGAACUUACAUGCUUAACAAGCCGGUGGAUGAGAUUGUUAUGGAGAAUGGACGUGUGGUGGGGGUGAAGUCUGAAGGAGAGGUCGCUCGCUGCAAGCAGCUCAUCUGUGACCCCAGUUAUGUUCAGGACCGUGUGCGCAAAGCUGGUCAGGUGAUCCGUGUCAUCUGUAUUCUCAGCCAUCCAAUCAAGAACACCAAUGAUGCCAACUCCUGUCAGAUCAUCAUACCUCAGAACCAAGUGAACCGCAACUCUGAUAUAUAUGUGUGUAUGAUCUCAUAUGCUCAUAAUGUGGCUGCUCAGGGCAAGUACAUUGCCAUAGUCAGCACCACAGUAGAGACCAGUGACCCCGAGACUGAGAUCCAACCCGCUCUGGAGCUUCUGGAGCCCAUCGACCAGAAGUUUGUGGCUAUCAGCGAUCUGUAUGAGCCGUCAGAUGAUGGAUCAGAGAGUCAGAUUUUCUGCUCUAGAGCGUACGACGCCACCACCCACUUUGAGACAACCUGCAACGACAUUAAGGACAUCUACAAGCGCAUGACGGGAACUGACUUUGACUUUGAGAACAUGAAGCGGAAACAGAACGACGUGUUCGGGGAAGACGAGCAGUGAGGGUGCGGGGGCCGCAGUGUGUGUGGGGGUGAAAGGUCGAAUGAGGUUGAGUGACGGGGCAGGGCACAGGGUCAUCUCUGGAAAACGACAAGGAGUGAGGGAAAGACAGAAGAAAAGGAAAGCAGGCAGAUCCUGAAUAGAAGUUUGAACCUGUAGAACAUAAUGCUGUUGUCAACCCUGGUACCCCCGUAGCCCACCCAGUUCUACCUUCACCCCACACAUGCAGACACAGACACAAACACUUAGCCUUCUCUCUUCAACUUUCCCUUUCUCAUCUUCUGCCUGUCUGUGCUGCACUCUUCAUGCUGUACAUUUCUACCAUUUCCAUGUCUUUGUUUAGUUCCUUGUGGUUUGAGCAUUCCGUAGUGCACCGUGGUGAGAGAUGUGCUGGGUGGUUAUGGAUGGAUGCAGAGUUCACAUAUGUGGUUGUCCUAAAAUAGUUUUUUGAACUUGAAAUUAUUGCAUACACACUCCCCGGAGUGGCUUAUCUAAAAUGUUGAUAUGCAGCACAUUCUCAUAGACACAUAUAAAAUGAAAAUGAUCAUUUUAAGACUUUAUUCAGCACUUGCAAUGGUCCGUUUUUUAUAAUAUCUAAUACCCUUAGCGUGCAAUGUUCAUAGCUUACAUUAAAGGGACAUUCCGGCUUAAAACUAACAUUAAAUAUGUUGUCAUGUUAUGUAAUACUCUUUAGCUCAGCGAUAUAUCCCGCAGCCUCCUUGGUUUGACAGAAAUGAUUUUGUAUCCUCCUUGUGGUUUUAUCCAUCAAUGUUCUCUCACUCAGUAUCUAGCAUGCAUUACACAUAUGUCAUGCAUCCACUGGGAACCCUCAAAUAAAAAUGUCCCCUGAUGUAGAGGCUAAUAAAUACAGAUGUGACCGUGGCUAUCUAAAAACAAAUAUCCGCUUCUAGUUUUUAAAACGGUCCUCCCACCUUACAGAUACAUCAUCAGAAGGGGGAUUUUAUCGUUAAACUGGAAAAUCUCACUAUAGAGAUUACUGUGCACCAAUGUAGGAGAGAAGUGGGCAUAUUUACAUCACAUAUAUCGAUGGUUACAUCUUUAAUUUUGGCUGGAGUGCCCCGUUAACUGUUUCAGAAAUCAGGGAAACAGAUUAUUACACAAAUCCUCGUCCAUUUUAUUCAGAAGCAUUUGCAUUUAAAAACACUCAGACAUCGACUUUUCCCUGUAGAGCUCUGGCCUUGACUCCUAGAAAGUCAUGCGUUUGUGAUUUCACACAUUUCCUCCAUGCUGUGCUGUACUGUAUGACUGUAGAGGAAAGAUGUUUGCUGUUGGUGUCACCAGCUAUUGUGACUGAUGGAAUUGGGUUCUCCAUAAAGAUGAAAAUGUGAAGUAUGUAAAAUAAGAUGGAGAAACGAAUAGAGUUUGGUGUUGCCAUGUCAGCUGAAGUCUGGUAUGUGGAAGGCCACAUUAUAGUUAGGGUUAUGGUUGUGGUUAUGAUUAAAGAGGGCAUUCCGACCUAUUUAAUAAGAUGAUUCUUCAUGUUAUGUAAUAUUCUUUAGGACAGCGUUGCCCCCUUCAGCCUCAUCAGUUUGACAGAAUUCAUAGUUUUGUAUCCUCUCACUACAAUACUGAGCAUGCAUUACACAAAAACAUCAUACAAACAUUGGAAACCCUCACGUACUGAUAAAGCAAACCUCUGAGGUAGAAGAUAAAAAAUACAUAUGUGAUAUUUAUCUUCCCAGCAGUAACGUUAGCAGUCUGACUUUCUUCUGCGUCAGCCAGCAAGCCCAGUCUUUAAAAUGUACCUUCAAGAUGCAUCAUCAGAGGGCUGUUAUUCUAGCCUUUAAAUUAGAAAUAUCUCACUCUAGAUGUUCCUGUGGCACCGCUGUUGGAGGCAAGUAGGCAUGUUUACAACAGAUGUAGAAGUUUGUCUGGUGUGCCCCUUUAAGGUAAUUGCAUUAGCCUGCUUGAUUUAAAAACCAUCUGAAAUGUCAUAAGCACCUGGUGGUGUUUUUGUGAUUGUAAGUGAGGCUGUAAGACAAAGGAAUGGAAAUCAGUAGAGGGAAAGUGAAAUGUGAAGUAGUGGAGAUGGAAAUGGAACCAUGUUUGUUGCAAAGUUAGAGGUUUUCUGUUUUGUGCUGUGGUUGAUUUGACUGUGUUGCAUCCCUCCCUCUGUUAGACCUUUAACUGAACUUAAACUGUGAACUGUCAGGGUUUACAAUCAGUUGCCAACUACAAGAGAUUUUUAUUUAGCUUCUUGUGUCCAAUUCCACCCUACAAACUCCUUUGUCACCACUGACCAUUAGGGAUCCUUUGGCUGUGCCCUUGUUGUUGGCUGGAAAACCAGUUUUCCAAAUGCAAGCACACUGGAAAAAGUGAUGAGUUGAAUUCAGUUCAAAUGUAUGGAUUGUAUCAGUUCCACAUGAACAGAAAAUGCUACUAUUGGAUAUUAGAUAUUAUUAUUAUUGCCAGAAGUAAUAAACUGGAAGGUGAAAUUAUGUUAACAUUUUAUUUUCUUUUAUUUUAUGUGGAAUUAUGUACAUUCAUCUUGUUACUUUUUCAGUGCAAUUCUUGAAACUUCUUAAAAGAAAGAUGAACUACAGAUGGUACCCGUGCAAUAUGAAUGGCUGCUGUGGAGGUGCUGUUUUGGCAUGUAAGGGGUGGCGUUUGAUCACAUUCCUUUUAAGAUUUUGCUAAUAAUUCAGAUGAAUCCCCAAAAAAUUAGUAUCUCAGUCUAUAAUGAGAGAUUUCUGUGCCUCUAACAACACUGCCACAGUGUUCCAGUCCAACCUAAAGGGAAUAUAGCUGAACAUCUCCUUCUCAACCUAACAUUCCUGCAUGCCUAGAGUUUUCUGUCCCAUAUCUCAUUUAUUUGUGCAAGUUUACAUCAUCAGAAUGAUUAUAAGACUGAAAGACUUUGCGAGUUGCUUAUUGCACAAAUGAGUAGUUGUACAUUUGUUUGGCAAUCAUUGUGAGUUCCUGUAGUUUUGUAGGAUCACUGAGCAUCAAACUUAGAUACAUUCCACAAAAGCGAUGCACCUGUGGGUUUCGUUAUCUGUCACAGCCUGAUCUUAAAGGGGAAUUCCACUGAAAAGACUGGUUUCUUCUGCAGCCAUUACAUCAUGUAGAGACAUUACUGAGCCUUUGUCCAUCAUUGAUUUCUUACAUUGCAGAAAAUCAUUUAAAUUUAUUAGCUGCACUACUCCUCAAUAUUCUUGGAGAUAUGACAAUUCUUGCUCAGUUGAGUUGCAUAGUGUAUUUGCUGUCUGUUUUUAUCUUUCGUAAUAUUGUAAAUAUAAGAUUAGUUGUUUGCUUAGCUUGGAAAACACUAUAAACUACAACCCCCCAUGGUUCUGUGGUUCCAGCUAUACUUGUUGAAAUGGGAUUGUUACUAGAUUUUGAAAGUUUGCAUGAGUUAGCUAAAAUGCUAAGAUGUUUAUGAGCUUUUUUUGGCACUGUACAGUGCGUUUGGGUCUUUCCUUUUCUGGCGGACGAUUAACAGCAUCUGUGAAUAUCUCCAAUAGAUAACUAAUGAAAUGUCAGAUCUGUUAGCAACAAUCAGAACCUGAGAACCACAGCAGAGUGGCAAAGGUCUAAGUUAAGGAAUGUCUAAGCAGAGCUGUACAAUGUUGGAUGUGCUAGGAAAAAAUUAUCAAUUGAAUCCAUAAAAAAAUGAUCACAGUCAAACUCAAACAAUAGGCUUUCAUGUGUGCACAAAUAUCUUCAUUCAGAUAUUUUGUUGAAUCCCAAUGCUCAUGGAAGUUGGUCUCAAUUAUUCAUAGUCAGUUAUUUGUGAGCUAUAACUACACGGGGUGUGAGAUAUACAACAUUUCCUCACUGCCCAAAUCAAAUGCUCAGCAUUGCCGUGUGAGCUGCUAUACAGCUUAGGUUUGUGUGUUUUUGGCAGCUGUCCAUCAGGUAAAAUAAUCACUAGAUGUAAACUAAUGGGCUUGUGAUGUACAAAUGCUUGAAAGUUGUUUAGAUUGGGGCUGUAAAGUCAACAGCCAUUUAAGAAUUUACUGCUUGCCUGGUAAAAAUAAGUCCUGCUAAACACAUCUGUGGGUUCGUAAGCUAAUAUGCCCCAUGCUGCCUUUGCUGUCUUUAGCCUGUAUACUAUUUUUAGCCAAAAUGAAGUCAAUUCAAUUAAAAAUAUCAUAUUAAAUAACAAUACGCCUUAACUUUUAGGUAAUAAACUUUUCUUCUCCCGUUCAACAGAGUUUGUCUUAGCUAUUAUGCAUGUGCAUCCCACUUAUGCCUCUACCAACAAGAGGUGAGACUUCUGGUAACACAAAAAACAGCCGCCAUGUACAAACUAUACCAUUCAGUUUUCAACCAGCAAACUGUCUCCUCUAAUUAGAUUGUCUGUAUAUUAUAACGCACUGCUCAUAUGGGCACUCUCAUUGCAAUUGGCUAUGCAUUUAUGUUUUGUUUACAAUCAGGAAGUGUGGCAAUGAAUUUAAUUAUAGAACCUGUUUAAUCACUGUAAUUUCUAGAAUUCUAUACAUUUUAGAAUUUUGGUGGAAUUCCCCUUUAACUUUGCCUUAAAGCUGGACCAUUAUGACACCAUCACCAGUCUUCUCAUGAGCCUUUUCAAACCCAAACUCACCUGCAAACCUUACACAUACAUCUUCUCUGAAAAAGGCAAGCCUCUUUGUUGCACUUUGUAAAGGUCUUAACUUGGUCUGUGUUUACCUGUGAAAGAGUGCUCAUGUCACCGUGUGGUAAAUGUGCGAAGUCUAUGUGCCUGGAGAGUAACUCAAACAACUGGAAACUAAAGUUCCUUUUUUUAUUUUACUUAUUUUUUUCUCAUAAAAGCUGCGUUUGGAAUUUGUUUUCCAUCCUUAUAUUUACUUCUUGAUAACCCAUUGAUUUCUAUUUAUUUAAAUUAAAAUCAAAAUGUGUUUUUUUUUUAUCUCAUUUUGUGCCAUGUUCUUUGGUUUAGAAGAACAAGCAGAAAAUCGACAGUGACACAAUCUAUCUUUUAACUGACCUAACAUAAUAAAACUGAUGAGUAGUGAGGCCUAUGGGUCUUCUCUGAAAAACUAGUGUGUGAACAUUACCUAAUGUCCUCUUGAAUAAAUUAAACAGAUGUAUGAAUUAAAACAAUAUGAAACAAUAAAGGCACAUGAAAAACUG